AUGAAAAAAAGUGUAUUUGAUCGUAUCGAACGCAGUGGAGGAAAUAGUUCACCUUCUUCUGGAACAACAAAUACUAGUCAUAAAAGUACGCAUGGCUUUUGUAAUACUUAUAUUAAAACUGGUGCAUGCCCGUUAGGUGAUACUUGUAAAUUUAUACAUGAACAACCAAAUGUUGAUAAACAACCAGGAUCAAAAGAUGAAUUUCGUAUUACAAAAACAAUAACAAGAGUUGUUGAUAUGUCAUCACCACCAAUAAAAAGUACUGUAACUGUAUCAAAUGAACAACGACCUGUUUCAAAUUCAAAUUCUAUUCCAUCAAGUCGAACUGUUGUUGAAAGUGGUACUACAUCAAAUGAACAGUCAGAUCGUCGAUUGAGUAGUUCUGAUCGUAAACAAUCUCAAAGUCGUUCUUCUGAUGCAAAAAGAAAAUCAUCAUCAAAUUCAAAUGAAUCAUCAAAGAAAAAAAAUCGUUCAUCCAAUAAAAGCAAACGUUCUAUGGAUAGUGAUUCACCUUAUAGUUCAGCAUCAGAUUCUGAAUAUACUCAUUCAUCAUAUAAACAUAAAAAACAAUCUGAUACACAUUCAACAUCAUCAAAACAUAAAAUUCAUGAUCCCAUAUCACCACAACGUGAUGAAGAUGUAACUCUUAAUGAACAAUUAAUACGACAAAUACCAUCAAAUAAUAAUAAAUCUCCAAAACGAACAAUUGUUAUAACAGACAGAAAAAAAGAUGAAAAUACUAAACGAACUAAUAAAGACAGUAAAUCAAAUCCAGAUAUUGAAUUUCUUGGAUUAAAAAUAAUUAAUCGAGAUAAAAAAUCUACAGAAACAAUACAUCAACAAGCAGAAAGUAAUAAAAAAUCUAUUGAAAUUAAACGAGAAAGAAAAUCACCAAAUAAAUCAUCAUCUGAUCAACAAAAACGUCAUUCAUCUUCAUCGACAACUAAUACUACAAUAAGUAAUGAUAAAAAUAUUCAAAUUAAAGCAGAAGAUACAAAACAUCAAUCAAACAAAACACAAAACGUAUAUGAACAAUCUGAACGUAGUAUGUCAUUUGAAAUUUUUCUUUUUUUUCGUAUUCUAAUUAGAUUUUUUAUUUUAACAGGUGCACCACAAUUAACUCCACCAGUUGUUCAACUUUCUCCAACACCAUCAGUAACAGCAACAUCUGAUAUAGUUGAAAAAGGAUCUGUUAUACUUUCAAAUGAAACUGAAAAAACUACACCUGUUCAACCUCCAUCACCAAUUUGCGUUAUUCUUGAUGAUGAUUCAAGUCCAGCACCAUCAAUUGAUAAAAAAAUUGUUCGACAGACAUCAACAACACCAGUUAAACGAACUAAUGAAAAUGAUAAAAAUACUUCGAAACAAAAUAAACGAUCUCGAGAUUCAGAUAAAAGUCAUAAUAAAGAAAAAAUAAGUGAAAAUACUGAAACAAAACGUAAACGACUUAAUGAUGGUAGUUCAAGAAAAGUAACAUCAAGUCGUAAAAAUGGAAAUGAUAGUCGAUCUACAAGCAAUCGACUGGAUAGUCGUCGUAUUGCAAACACUUCUUCACGAGAUGAAUCAUCAAGUCGUAAAUAUAAAGAAAAAUCAGAAUCAAAACCUAGUAAAAGUAAUGAUUCGAAAGAUCGAAAUUUACCUGCAUCAUCAUCAACAUCAUCAAAACCACGUAGUACUAAUGAUCGACGUGAUACAACAAGAUCUUCACCUGAAAAAAAACGUUCCACAUAUCGACGUGGCAAAGAAAAAGGUUUAGAAAAUGUAACAGAUUCUGAAGAACAUCUUGAUGAACCAGUUCUACCAAAACAAGCGGCUCUUGAAGCUUAUAUGUCUAUGGAUUGGUCAUUAUUAUCUCGUGAUAAACGUAUUCCAUUAAAUACUCAAAUAACAUCACGUAUUGCUCGUAUUGAUAACAGCAUUAAUUUACUUGGUAUAUCUGAACGUUUAUUAACAAAUGAACAAAAAGAAAAAUUAAAUGAAAUAGACUUUCAAUCAUCACCAUUAACACAUUUUAUGAAACAAUUACAAACAAAAUCUAGUUCACAAAUUAUUAAUUCUUGUCAUCGAAGAUUUGGUUCUUGUGCUAAAGAUAUGAUUGAUAUGAGACAUAAAUGGUUUAUAAGAUCUAUUGAACCAGUUCAACAAUAUGAAUUUAUUAAUAAAGAACAUUAUAUAGCAUUUCAACAUGCUAUUAAUUCUCUAUUAGAUAAAACAUCAAAUGAUAUUCCAACUGUACAAAUUGAAACAACAACAGCUGAUAUUUUAUUAUCAUAG